AUGAAGACUGAAAGUGUUGCUGAAAAGGAUGAGAUUGUUCAAAAAGAAGAAAUUAAAAGCGUUGCUAAAAAGAUUGUUGAAACUGAACAAAAUUGUGAAAACACAAAUCAAGAAGAAGAUUCUGAUUUUAAUGACAAAGUUCAAUUCGCGAAAGAAGUGUUUCAAACAAUCAAAAGAGUAGUUGAAGAAAAUGAAAAGGUGGUUGAUGUGGAGAAAAUCAUCGAUGUAGAAAAGAUUUUUGAAGUCAUCAAGCCUCGCAAAAAAUGUUUAGAACUAUGCAAGGAAUGUGCAGCAUCUCCAAAUGUGUUAUUCGAUCCAGUACACAACAAUUGCAUUGAUUUAGAUGUGGAGAAGUUUCCUUUAUUGUCAGAAUUUAGCAGUAUUUUGGACUACAUGAAUCGUAUUCCAGUGAAGAAAGCAAUGACUGACCAGAGGCCGUUGUACAGAUCACAUAUUAGUCGAUUUUGGAUAAACGCAAAGUAUGACGAGGCAAGCAAGGUGGUAUCGUCAGUGGUGGAAGUAGAUGGAAAGUUGGAGACUAUUUUGGUGACUGAAGCAUUAGUUCGAGAAGUUAUGAACUUUCCUGAUGAGGCCAACUACCCCACAAGAUUUCCGGAACGUAUGGUGAAAGGUUGUAUGCUACGUUUGGGAUACAGAAAUACUUUGAACAACGGGAACUACUUGAAGUCAAAAUUUCAGAAAUCUUUCAAGUUCUUAAUUCAUUGUAUUCUGAUUACUUUGAGCCACACAAAGGGCAGUUUUGACCAGAUGAGGGACUAUCAAAUGAACAUGUUGACAGCGUUAGUGUUGAAUAAGAAAUACAACUUCUCGCACAUAGUUUUUCAUUAUAUGGUGGAGAAUCUCACGUCAGAUGUUAGAACCUGGAGGUAUCCGCGGUUUGUACAAAUGAUGAUUGAUCGUGCAUACCCUGGAAUUGAUAGAAACAUUCAGGGUGAUCUUCUUGUUCAAGCUCACAUGUCUAAUAACACUUUGAAAAACCUGGUCAAAUAUCAUCCUAAUCAUCCAGAGCCUGAUCUAGUGAUUGAAAACUUCGGAUUGCUUAGAGAUGCGAACUAUGUGGAUCCUGAUCCGGAAAAUCAUCAGAAUUGGAGAAAUCAAGAGGAAAUGAAAGAGGCGUUGUAUGCUGUAGAGUUGAAAAUACUUCAGAAUUUCAAAGGAACCAAGAACGAGUGGUAUGUAAAGCAGUCAGGACGCAGACGUAGAUUUGCAACUCCUGUAGCUGAAGGUGAAGAGACGACUGGUGCUGAAAACAUUGUAAUUGAGACAGAUUUGUUUACAACAGAAGCAUAUUUUGUUGAUAAUAUUGUGGAAACGGUUACUUCUGAUGUUCAAAAGGAAAAAGAGAAGGUGUUAGAUGAUGUUGAAGGUGAUGACGUUGAUAAAGACACUACUAGUUCUUCUAGUUCGUCUGAAUAUGAAGUGAUAGAUGCUAAAGAACGUGAAAGACGAAUGAGAGAAGAGGUAGAACAGGAGAAGUUGAUUAGAAAGAGGAAGAGGGAAGAGAAAGAAGAUGCACCUUAUGUACCUUCUCCGGAGCAUGUUUCGGUGUUACAAUCUUCUCCGAAGGAUCUCUUUGGCACAUCUCCACUCACCCAAGUACAACCUGGUUCUUCGAGUAGAGGUCUUCCGAUACCACAAGAUAAUCUGCUAGACGUUGAUUUCGACUUUGCUAACAGUUCGCAAGUGUUGAAAUUGGAAAAGAGAAUUGAGGAUGUGAUAGCAGAGAAUAAAAAGUUGGCGGCUGAAAGCAAAAAGAUUGCUGAUAGAGAAAAGACUCUUGCUGGUAGAGUGCAGAGGUUGGAAGGUGAAAACAAAGUGUUGACACUGAAAAUUGAAGUUGAUCAGACGGAAAUCGACGUUUUGAAAGUUCGAGUGUCUGAAUUAGAAGAAGAGAAGAAUCGUCGAGAAAGUGAAAAUGAGUACUAUAAGCUGAAAAAUAAAGAACUUACGGCUGCUAAAGCUCUACAUGAACAUAAGUUCUACAUGCUGAAUAGAGUUGUGGAAAGCAUGUUAGAGACAUCAGUGGAACAGAAAUAUGAAGAGUUGAAGCUAGAAGACCUUCGUGCAGAACGUCAAGCAGAAUUAGAAAGGCAAAUGAAAGAUAAGGGUAAAGGGGUGGAAGGAAGUUCUGAAAUGUCUAUUGUACCUUCGAUGGUGAUAGAUAAUCCUGAGCCCAUAUCUGCAGUUCCUGGCAUAGUCGAAGAAGAAACUCCAACGCCUAAGUUAAUUGGUGGCGAAGAUGAAGAGGAUGAUGAAGAUGAUGAUGAGGAUGAGUUUGUAUAUUCUGCUAGCAGUCACAGUUCUAAAGGUGAUGAUGAUGAUGACGCUGCAGGAGGUUCAGGUGUUAGAGUGACUGAAGCCUCAAAUGAAAAAGUCAUUGAAGAUCUGUUGAACGACACAAUCAAUGAAGAAAGUGGUGAAUCUGAAGGUAAGGGGGAGUCGAGUAAGACUCAGAUUGUUGAGCAUCAUGAGCCGUUGUUCAUGCGUCUAGAGGAGUAUAAAGAAAUGCUGAAAAAUGUAAACCCUGAAAUUCCCUUCGACUUCGAAGAGGACUUAGAAUCAGUUGAGGUUGGAGAAUGUUCUGAUAAUGAAGAGGUUCCUGAAGAUACUUCGAAACUUCCAACGUUAAUGGAGUUCUUUGCUGCUGAGAAUAGAGAUGAAUUACGUCAAAAGGUGACUGAAGCGGUGAAUGAUAAUGUAUUUGAAUGUUUGAGGAAAGAAGCUGAGCAGGAAGGCCAAUCUAAUGUUGGAAAAGAAAGUCAAUCGAAUGUUGAAGAAAUUGAUCGUUCUAAAUGGUUUAAAGAUUCUCAUGAAAGAAAAUUCAAGAGGCCGCUGAACUUCUUCCAACGAGAUCGAAAUGUUUCGCUUGGCGAUAUUAUUAGUUGGGGUUUUCUUCCGCAAGUUAACGCUUACGCUAUUCGAAGAGAAUAUGGCGUCCAGUAUUUUGCACGGUUAUAUGACAUAAUGUCAUUACCGUGGUGGGACGUUGAUGAAUUAGCAAAGGUGAGAGUCUUGGAGUACAAGGUGAGAAAGAAUGAUACCGCGAUGUGGGGCUACAUCAAGUAUGAACAAUUGAAGCCAUUUCGAAAGUGGAAGCCUCAUCGUCCAAGACGUGUUCAGAGAAUUGAUCCGGAAACUGGGGCUGUAGAAAUUAUUCUGAAUGUGAAGCCUCCACGUACUAUGAAGACAAUUCCGAUGCCAGAAAUGGAGCAGGAAUUUUAUAAAGGCUUUAUUGAUUGGGUUUACAGUUGCAGGACGACUGAAGCAAUAAUCACAUACAGAGCUGGUGGAGAGCUGAGGGAUAUUCAUGUUUACGGCCCGAUGUGGUUAGUUAAUUGUUCAGCGAAAGACAUCGAAUGUCUAUUCAUUCACAAGAUUCGCUACUCGCCAGCAGAUAAAGAGCAAGCUCUUCAGUUCCAACGUAUGGAAGAAAAUAGAGGAAAGUUUAUGAAGCAACAUGAGAAGGAAGAGAAAGCGAGGAAGAUAAAGAAUGAAAAGAUCAGGGUUGCGCUGGGAAGAAAGCCAAAACCGAAGGAAGAGAAAUUCAAAGCUAUCUGA